UCAGACGAAGAGCAGACUGAAGCCAUGAGGUCCCUGUUGAAGCUGGUUGUGAUUCUGUUCUGCGUCCAGAGGGGAGAGAGCGGCUGGCUGAGGGCACUGAUGGAUCAGAAACAAGAAACAAGAUCUCCCGACACGUCACCAAACGUGGACAAGACGAGCAGAAAUCCAGCUGCAGAAGACGCCCAAACGGAAGCAUCUGGAGUCGCACCUGCUCCCAUGAUUCGCUCUCGUCGCUCCGCCCUGGACUCUCAGUGCGGCCUGCGCUCCGUCCUGCUUCAGGUCAGAGACCUCGGGCUGGGCUACGACUCGGACGAGACCGUCCUCUUCAAGUACUGCAGCGGGACGUGUCCCCACGCUCGCUCCAACCACGACCUCACCCUCACCAACCUGCUGCUGAGCGGGGUGCUCCCUCAACCUGCGCCCGGGGAGCUGUGGCACAACGCGCCCUGCUGCAGGCCCACCCACCACGAGGACAUGGCCUUCCUGGACAACUCUCACCGCUGGCACAAGGUGGAGAAGCUGUCGGCGGCGGGCUGCAGCUGUGUGGGAUAGACAGCUGAGGGUAGACGGUGGA